UGCGUUUCCACGGUUUCCAGUUUUCAACGUCUUUGUCCUGUUUGGGCGCAAACUUUUCUGACAGUUGAUUGUUUUCGAUUCAUCAUCAAGGUUGAUAAUCCGUAAAAGUUAACUCCGUGUAAUACCUGAACAUAAACUCGCAUUUAGUAGUCUCGAAGAAUGUUGUUCCCCGAGGAUUUCACGACACCAGGUGAAGAUUUCAAGAGACUGCAGGUUCCAUACUCAUACCAAGCUGAGAAGUUCCAUUUUAAAUACAAGGAUUUUAGCAAGCAGUUUGCUUAUAUUUAUGCGUCCCGUUUGAACGAAAUGAUCCGACUCAUGAAGGAUCGUGUUAAGCAGAAAUGGGGUGAUAAGUAUCCGCUCAAACAAUUGGCUGACCUGAAGGAAGAAAACCCGGAAAAGUGCAUUAUCAUAGGCACUCUGUUCAAGCAUCAAGAGCUAAAGCCAAGCAUUCUGCGAGAAAUCUCCGAAGAAAACCAGUUAGCGCCACAACCGCCCCGAUCCCACUACACGGAUGAUGCAGACAUUCUCAUCCUGGAGGACGCGUUACAGCGUAUUCGACUGACGGGAAAAUUCGAUGUACAUUCUGUUGUGACCGGGAUAGUCUGUGCUGUAUUAGGUUACGAAGACUGUGAUGGUCGUUUUCAGGUGGAGGAGUAUAUUUUCUACGAAGGUGGCCCACAAAAACCACUUAAGUCUUUGGACUGUUCGCCGCUGGUUGUUUUCAUCUCCGGAUUGGAUCAGGGGUCCCCGAAUGACUACUCUCUUUCGAUGGAACUGCUGCAGCAAUGGAUCUUUGGCAACCUGGAAGGGUUCGGUGAUGGUCACGAUUGGGAAGCGGCCAGUGUGGUGCGGGUAAUCAUUGCUGGAAAUUCCAUCAAAGCUUCAGUCAUUCCCAGGAACAAUCUUCAUGGUCGACCUUCCACGGAUUCCAAUGAUCUUGUAAAUGCAGUUAGAGCGGUGGAUACGUUUGUACAUAAUCUGUCCCAAUCGGUGAACGUCGAUUUGAUGCCGGGCGAGUUUGAUCCAGCGAACCACAUGCUGCCCCAGCAACCGAUGCAUCAUUGUAUGUUUCCGAAGGCAGCCACAUAUCAAAGCUUCCGAGGAGUUCCAAAUCCAUAUAGUUGUGAUGUGGCCGGACGUUCGAUUCUUGGGACAUCUGGACAAAACGUACAGGACAUUUCACGAUAUUCUAAGAUUGAGGAUCCUCUGGAAGCACUAAAAUGCACCCUGAUAUGGAGUCAUCUGGCUCCAACCGCUCCCGAUACUCUGCCAUGUUACCCAUACUAUCAGCAGGAUCCAUUCAUAAUCAGCGAGUGUCCUCACGUUUAUUUUGCCGGUAAUACGAGCGAGUUCAAAACGGAACUAUGGAAAGGCAAAGAUGGUCAACAAACUCGGCUGGUCUGCAUUCCAUCUUUCGCUCAAACGUGUACGGUAGCGGUGGUGAACAUGAGGACUCUCGACUGCCAACCGAUCAGUUUUAAAGUGAAUGAAUUUGAGGAUCUGGAAGAGUAAUAGGUGCAAGAUUACAUCGUUUACCGAUAUUUAACGAAUAAAAUGUGUGAAUCGUUCGUCUUAUUGCUGGUUUUUAGCCGGUAUACAA